UAAAAGAACAUGGAGAAAAUGGGAAGCAGCAUUAACAGAAAAGCAAUGGCCAGACUUCACAAAGCUGAAGUUAUGAUUUCUGGGGAACAAUUAAGGUUAAGGCUACAUGAUGGCAAACUGAUCAAGGACAGAAGGUAUCAUCUGCGCACCUACCCAAACUGCUUUGUGGCCCAAGAGCUUACAGACUGGCUAAUCAGCCACAAGGAAGCUCCUGAUCGGAUAACGGCAGUCUGCCUCAUGCAACACCUGAUGGACCACGGCAUUGUGCACCAUGUUUGUGACAAGUGCCCUAUGUUCAAGGAUGCAAAAUUGCUGUACCGUUUCUGUCAGGAUGAUGGCACAUUUCCAUGUAACACAGAGGUGAAGGUCUUCAUUCGUGGACAACAACUGUACGAACAUCUAAUAACGGGUAGAGACUCCAUUCUGCAACUAAGGGAGGAGCAGGGUGUUGCAUAUCAGCGCUCGUUCCCUGGCUGUCAGUUGAUCGACUGGUUGCUACAGAAUGGAGAAAUAGAGUGCCGGCGCCAGGGUUUAGAGCUGUGUCAUACCUUGCUGGAGCAUGGCAUCAUUCAGCAUGUGGCAAAGAAACACAACUUCUUUGACAGUGGGUUAUUGUAUAAGUUCUGCAUCAACUUCCGCCGCCGGCGCCGCCUGUCUGAACUCUUGAAUGAAUCUGAGCGGGAGAUAGAGGAAGGUGUGUCAGAGCAGGCCCCGGAGGACAACCAUGAUGACAGCUCAUUUGUCCUGAACAAGAUCAUCCCACAAGAGGACUGCAGUGCAUUUGAAUCUGUGCAGCUCAAUAAGCCAUUGAAGUUGAUAUCCACUGUGGGUCGAAGCAGUUUAAACUCCCUGCAGAUACGUUCUAUUGGAUAUAUACCCCCUGCCACAUUCUCCUCUACCCCAGUGGUGAGGUGCAAUCCAAAAUCAGUGCUUAAGAGGAAUGUGACAUGUGAGGAGCUCCUGUCUCCCGGUGCACCCUAUAUCAAGAGAGUGUUGACGGUGAUGGGAGAUGCAGUAGGCUGGGGCUUUGUGGUCAGAGGUACGGCCCCAGUUUACGUCCAGGCAGUUGAUCCUGGAAGCCCUGCUGCUGCUUCAGGUGUUAAGGUGCGUCAGUUUGUGUGCCAGGUGAAUGGGCAAAAUGUUCUUAACCUGGAUUACAGCCAGGUCACCAGGCUUGUGAUGACUGGACCUCGCACAGUUGUGCUGGAAGUCAUGGAGCCACUGGGGUGACCAGAAGUGCCUUC